AUGGCGAAACGAUUCCCGACUUUGCAACAAGACCUCCCCGAACGUAUUUUACAAGCGAGGAACGAAUUUUGGCCCCGAAACUGUCCAAAAGCUAUGAAAGAAAAGAGGAUCGAGUUCCAGUCAAUGGAAUUCCUGACUGAGUCUCCAAUUAAGAGUAAUGUGUACUUGUUAAAGAAGAUCAUCCACGACUGGCCUGAUGCCGAUAGCAUCAAAAUUCUGCCGGGUGUGCGCAAGGCCAAGGCUCCAUAUAGUCGCGUCCUCACUCUGAGUUCAGAUAUCCAUCUGCGAAGGGCGGACUCCUCGCUCUUUGAAAAGAAGCGAACCAAGAAGGUGGAAGACUGUCGCGAUAAUCUGUUUGCUGAAAUCAGCUGCUCCAUAAAAUUUAUGGAUAGUUGA